UCCAAAUCGCGCAGUCUAGCUGCGGUGAAUCGGAGGCCCUCGGCCGUCCUGUCUCUUCGACCAAUCACAACUCGUCUCGCCCGGUGGGUAAACAUUGCCCAAACGGCUGGACCAAUCAGACGGCAGCACUGGUCCCCUUGUCCGAUCGAGGCGUCCGUGGAGCGAAGGCAAGGAAGAGGAGGGAAGAAGAGGAAGGAAGGAGGCGGAGGGGAAGGGGACGACGAUCGAGGCCGGCUUUCACGUCCGGGACAGUAUGCCGGUCGGGCGUCAUUGUGUACCAAAGACCCCGGGCCGGUAGUCUCAGCCACGAGUCGCUAUCUGCCAGCCCGUGUUCGUGUCCGUGUCCGAGCGAGUAAUGCACGAUGCCGAGCACAGCAGAAUGACGUCGAAGACGUGGAGUCUGCUGGAGAACAAGGCAAGUGUGCUUAG